GUUCUGCUUUGACAUGUGUUUUGCAGAGGGGGGAAGAGGAGUGGGCAUCGCAGAGACACCGUUUGGAUGCACAAGGUUAAAUUUCUCCCCAAAAUUCAGUUUACGAGCAAUGAAGACAAAGGAAAGAAGAAAGUGCUCUUAAUUUGAGAAGCAGGGCAGCAAGAUGAAGAAGCAGGGGGAGAGCCAGUGCACUCAGAAGACCAUCUCAUUGCUGAGCCCCCUGGGGACGAUCCAAGUCAGUGGAUGUGAGAAUGGUGUGCACACCAUCCAGAUCCUAAUGGAUGUCGCACCUGCUGAAAGGAGCAGCGGGGGCCCCCUGAGCUGUGUGGUCAACGAUAGCCUGGCAGAAACGAGCCCUGAGUUGCAGCGCUGCGUUGAAUGGCUCCAGGCGUACUUCAGUGAGCCGCAGACCACUGGGAGUCUCCCGCUCCCUGGCUUUCACCACCCCGCCCUGCAAGGAGAUUCAUUCACCAGCCGCGUGCUGCAGGUACUUCUGAGAGAUGUGACGUUCGGAAAGACGGUUUCAUACAAACGCCUCGCCGAGAUGGCGGGAAACCCCAGAGCGGUGCGGGCGGUGGGAGGGGCUAUGAGGAAGAAUCCGGUUCCUCUCCUCAUUCCUUGUCACAGAGUCAUUUCUAGCAGUGGACAGAGUGGGCCGUACAUGAGCGGCAAGGGCAACCAUCUCAAACAAUGGCUGCUCACCCAUGAGAGGCAGGGAGGGGAAGGCUAAAGCAUGACAGAGCCCAACUGUCCUUCAAACACAAAACAGGGCCAUAAAGUUUUCCUUGCUUGGCACACACCGUGGAACAACUGGAGUAACUUGUAAAUAUUCAGUUUAUAAUCCUUUUUUUUUUUUAAAUCUAAGAAUAGAGAUGCUGCAUAGUUAAUGUGAUACAGAGUUGUUGCAGAAUUAGAAUGUACAAAAAUAACUUAAACAGAGAACAGUAGGAAUUACAAACAUAUGCUCCCGUGGGUCUCCGUUGCGUUUGCCAGAUAGUGCUUGGAAUGGUUUUUCUAAAGAAUUAUUAUUCCCUUAAAAAUAUGUCUCUUGCAUUGUUGUUGUUGUUAUUUUUUUUCCUAAGCAGAAUUAGUCUUUGUACCUCUCGUUGGUUUUUUAAUUUCCUGCCAAGUGAAUGCUUUGUUCAACAUCCAGUGAUAAAGGCUCUGAAUUUUACGGCUACAAAGCUUUGUAGUGAGGCAUUUGUUUUGUCUUCAUUUAGAUCUCAUUGUUUGCUCUCGCCUUAUAAUCCACCUCGAGUGGAGAGUUGUCCUAUGCAUUUUAUACUGUACUUUUGUUGCGUUAGACAUGUUUAAAUAAAUCUGUCUCAAACUGA